AUGUGGUAUACUUAUGAUGAAACUAUAUAUGAAAUUGGGAUACAAGCUAGUGCACAAACUAAUGAGAUUGGUGUACAAGUUAAUAAAAAGACCCACAAGAUAAAAGAUCUUAAAAAACAAUUAAAAUAUACAUAUGAUUAUAUAGUAGAGAGUUGGGAUCAUAUCCAAGAAAUAAAUAAA